GCCUCGGGAUCUGAGAACUCCGAUUGCGCUUUGAGGGCCGUUCCUUCAUUGCCAUGCCUUCAGUGACGGCAAGAUGAGCUGCGCCGAUGCAAGCCUGUCCGAUGCUGGUGUGAAAAGAAAGAUCGAGACGCUCCAGAAAAUUCCCCUGUUCAAGCGGUGCAGACACUCCGUUCUGUACAGGCUUACGCAGAAACUGCGCACAAUUUUCGCAGCUCCUGGUGAAAUUAUCACGCGAGUUGGUGAGGUGUGUGAUUCAAUUUACUGGCUGGAGCAUGGCGAACUUCAGCUUUGGGCAGAUGGGGAGGACAUUGUGGGCUUGCGCGAUAGCGGAGUGGUGGGCGACCCUCGGAUUCUCCUAGAGAAAGACGAGGACACUUGUCAGUACAACACCAUUGCCAAGUCCUUUUGCCAGAUUUCAGUGCUGGCUUGCGCGGACUUUACCAGUGUGGUAGGCGCGAGGGGACGCAGAGUCUCACAGCUGCUGAUAGACCUGUCAUCACAGAACUUGCAGAGCUUGGCGAUGGACGACAACUGGAAAGCCAGGAAGGGUGCCUUCAAGAAAGUGGUCACCAAGACACUGCGUGUUAUUCAGUUCGUCAACUCCAUCAACCCACAAGGCCCAAAAUUAUCAUCACCAUCGAAAUCGAAGGUGAAAACUGGAAGGCCGAGGUCAAAGAGGAAAAAGGCGAGACAAAGCUCGGAGGAAGAGCCUGUCAAGGAGGAGCCAGAGGAGCCAGAGGAGCCAGAGAAGCCAGCAGCGCAAGAGUCGAAGGAGUCAGAGGAGGACUCCAGGCAAGUUAUCACCUUCAACACAGAGGCACAGAAGCUGGAGAUUACCGCGACCCUGCAGGGCAUGGACUUCUUUUCCACGCUGGACACCUUCAGCUUUGAGCGGCUGAUCUCCCUGUUCAGCAAGAAAUUCUGGAGGAGAAACGAGCAGCUGCUGGUCGAGGGAAAGCCAGCCAAGGCCAUGCAUGUGGUACUUCAAGGCGAUGUCAACAUCAUCAUCGGCGAAAAGGUGCUGAACAAGCUGGGUCCCAAGUCCAUCCUGGGGGAGCGCUCUGUGUUGAACUCCGGCUCUGGGGAUGCAGCGCCCUGCGGAGCCACUGUGACCGCGGCAUCUGCUGUUGUGAUAACGCUGUCUGCGAGUCGCAAUUCUUUGUUGGACCUCUUUAUCAAGGACGCGGGCAUCUUGGAGCAUUUUCACAAGAGGUUUGAAGUGGAGCGAGAUCGCAGAGGUGUCACAAGCUUCAGGAACGUGAAGCUCUUCCGUGAGGCAGACCCCAGCUUCACACAGGCGUUGGAAGUGGCGGUGAAAGAGCGAGUUUUUCAUCCGGGUGAUUCACUGCUCGUCGAGGGAGUUCACUGCAGCGAGGCGGUGAUGCUAUGCCGCGGAACUGUCAACAUUCUGACAAAGGAGGUCAAGGUUGCAUCCCUCACUGUGGCGUCGCUUUGGCCAGCUUGCCUGCGACUGGAGUGUUUGCAGCAGGGCGGUGGCGGCAUUCUCAAUGAAACUUUCUUGCAGAAUCUGGAGAUGCCGGACGCCAUGAUCUUUGGGGAGUUCACUCUCUUGGGGCUGUGGCCCUUCCCACGGGCUACCAUUGCCGCGGAGACUCAGUGCCUUGUCCAGGUCAUUCAGGCGGACGCACUACGACGUUGCCUUGACAAGUAUCCUGAUGAGUCGUUCAUCUUCAGGGAGUUGGUCGAAGCACGGUUGAACAAGAUCUAUGAGCAGGAAGAUCUGGCGCGCUCACUGACAACAGGUGAUGCAAGCAAAGACCAGGACAAGGCAUCCCGUGAGGGUAGAGGCCCGGAUGAGGGCGAUUCGAACAACGAGGAGGCAAAAUCUGAGCAAGCAAGGCCUGAGAAGAGGCGCCAAAUCCCGCAAGGCCUUCGUGAGGUUCAGGGCUUCCAGUUCUCCCCGAAGUGCUUGCGCGAGCUUGAGUCGUAUCUCCACAAGCGGCUGUUCAUUCCAGAUCAGGUCAUUAUGCAGCAAGGCACAGACCUGCAGGACGUGUACGUACUACAACAAGGCAAUUGUGAAUCUCUCAUCUUCAACAUGGUCUUCGAGAUAUUUGACAGUCCAUGUGUGCUUGGUGGCCUGCCCUCCGUGCUCACAAAGAAGGUCUUCACCACCGUUGUUGCCAGAGCAACUUGCUUUGUGGUGAAAAUAUCCCACAGACACUUCACUGCGAUCUUUGAGAAGUAUCAGGACGACAGGAAGAAGCUCUUCGCAUCGGCGAACCGUGCUUUCAGCCAGAUGUGCGACGACUUUCAGCAGAACGCGUGGAUUGCAGAGGCCAUGCGGCAGCAACUGGCAGCGAUGCCUUGCCUACAUGGCGCCUCGCACGGGUUCCUUGUUGCGUUGGCAGAAGCUGUGGAGCCACGGCUACUGCUGCCAGCACAGGAGAUUUUUCUCUCCAGCAGCAGCAAGGAGAAUGGCACUGAUUUGUAUUUUGUGUUCGAAGGACACUUUCACUGCCUGCAAAAGGGGGCUGUGGUCGGCACGAUCUCACCGAAGAUGCUCUUCGGCAUCCUCGAGGUUUUCGGCAUUACCGACAUCUCCGGCAACAUGAGGAUUCGCUCCGAUGAGAUUUGCAAGGUGGGCGUGCUCACCAAAGUGAAGCUGGCCAACUUGCUUCGGGAUUUCCCCGAGGAAAGAGGCAAGUUCGAAAAGUUGGUCCACAAUCUGAUGGAAGACAGUGUGAAUCAUCAUUUGGUCAACCUUCCCUUCUUCUCGGGCUUGAGCAAUCAGCAGAUUCUCACCGUGUGCCACCUCCUGGACAGGCGGUUCCUGCUGCCAGAUGUCACGGUGGUUCGAGAAGGAGACGGCGGGGACUUCAUGGUUGUUCUCAACUGUGGAAAGGCGCAGAUCUUUCACAAGGGCUCCAAGAUGGGAAUGCUGCUGGCUGGGAAGGCAAUGGGUGUGAGCCAGAUGAUGGGCGUGCACCCAAGAUACCAUGCCACCCUGAAGACCAUCAGUACCUGCCACUUGCUCCUGAUCUACUGGCACAUGGUGAGUGGAUUGAUCAUCUCAGCUGCCGACCUUGUGUGGGUGGAAGCAAUGAGGCGGCAUGCGCAGGAGAUCGAAGAAUUGGAGCUUGCCGCUUUUUCGCGGAAGCUGCAUUCUCUGAACAGCCGCUCUAGGCGCACACUGGCGGAUACUUUGGAUAUUGCCUCCAGCCCUUGGAGUCUGCAAGACGUUUUCCUGCAGUGGCAUGCCGUGGUUGCUGAGAGGCAACGCAGCAAAUGCCUCAGCCCUGCUGCAACGAAGGAAUUGCCAAGCAGCUCUGAGAAGAGAUCUCCGGGCAGACGAGGAAGCCUUGCCGCCGCCGACAAAGAAUGCACAAAGGCAGCUUUGAAGCCUUUGCGCUUUCGGCGCGACAUGAAAUUGGUGGAGCUUCGUAGCCAGAAGG